AUGGACCCCGAGCCCGACGAGGAAAUCGCGGCUUUGGUGGGCGACCUCGUCCAAGCCGCUCGCGUCCCAGCCAAACGCCGACCCUUCUCCGUCAAACCCACCGUCGAACGCUUGACCGCCCUCGCCUACGAGCAUGGCCUGCGGCCCGAUGUCCUGCGUUUGCUCGUUGUCGACGUCCUUGCGGCACCCGGCGUGCUUCUCGACCAGGCCAGCCUCGGCAGCCUGAUUCGCAAUCUGUACCCGUCCGCCGCCGUGGCCGAUGAUGUCGUCUUGGCCAUUGUCGGCUGCCUGGGCCAGGGCCAGCUGAAACCGCCCUUGCCCGUCCAGGCUCUGCUGCUGCGGUGGCUCGUGCUCGUGUACCAUGUGCUGGCACCGCCGGCGCUUGCGGUGCUCUCGCGGGCGUACGCGGUGCUGUUCAACCUGCUGGACACGGCGGGCAUCCGGCCGCAGCUGUGCCACGUGCUGGUGCUCAUUACGCGGCGGAAGCAUGUGCGGCCGUUCCGCAUCCAAGCCACUCUCGGCCUCUCGCGGCAGAUUGGCCAUGACCCGCACCUGGUCGGCCUGCUGCGCGUCUUCAAAAACUACUACCCGGAAGUGAUUGUGGGCGCGGCCACGCGUGGCAGGGCGUCGCCGUUCAAGCACCCCGACCCACAAUGGCGUGCACACCUCGACGACAUUCGCCUCACGCGGCAGCAGAGCCGCCAAGAUGAAGCCAAUGGCAGAAACAGCGGCGCCAAUGGGGUCGACCUUCUCGAUGAUGCGCCUUACAAUGGCUUUCGCGUGCGGCACAAUCACACCGGACGUGGCCGUUCCGCCGGAAAAGCCUCUGGUCUUCCCGUGGUGAACACCAUCCACGCGCAAGAAGAGUCCGUCACCCUCGAGGAGAUUGACAGUGCGGCAGGUUUGGCGGCGCACUUUGAGACCAUUGAGCUGCCGACCCAGCUGGUUGCCGUGCUCGCUGAUCCGCUCCUUCAGAAGCUGCUGCAGCUGCGGCCUGCGGACGAGGCCUUCAAGCGCGUCGACAACUGGCUGGAGGCGUGUGUGGCGAGCACGGCGAGCGGCGACAGCAGCAGAGACGAGCUAAUGGAUUUGUUGGAGGUGGUGCACGACUACAUUACGAGCACCAAGACGUUCCCGCCCGUCUUCGACCGUUUCUUUCGCGAGAUUCUUGCUCACUGGAACGGCCGUGACAAGAAGAGCUACAUUCUCGAGUCCCUUGCCUUCGUUCCAGUGACGAGUUUCCCAGAAACAUACAAGGCAACCUACGAGCUGCUGGAAGCACGGCUCCUCAACAACGAAGUUUCUUCGCAACUUGACCUGCUGGCGUUCUAUACCCUUGUCUUGCGACAGUGGCGAAUUACCUUGAUGGCGGGUACUGACGACGACGCCAGCACCAAGGCCGCUGGAUCGGUCGCGGCCCUCGUCGAGCACGUCAGCGGCCUCGUGCUCGCCCUGAUCCAGAACUCGGUCGGUGCAUCGCCUUCCGCCCCGAACAACGGCGGCGUCUCGACCAUUGCCCUGCUUGGUGUGCUCGACUUUUACGAAGAGGUGACGGCCGUGCUUGCCCACCGCCGCGACGAUGUACUUGCCUCCGUCCAGGAGCUGAUCCCACCCCCCGCUGCCGUGUACACACUCCACUUCCACCAGUCGGCUGCUGUCGUAUCGCGUCUCUAUGGGCUGCUGGCGAACUACAAGCGCGGCCUGGAGGCGGCCAUGUCGCGCCGGCCAGGCCGCAGUGCGGCCGCCGCGGCCCUCGCUUUGAACAGCAACAACGGCCACCCCCCCAAGCCCCUGUCCCUGCCGCUGAGCGACCACGAGCGCGCACGCGUCAAUCUGUUCAACGGCUAUCUGAUGGACGUUUGCAACUGCCUGUGGCGGUCGCGUGCCUUUUCGUCGACCGACACCAACGCGCUGGGCUGUUGCGUGGAUGGCGCGGUCGUGGGCCGCUUGGCCGGCUACGUGCAGAGCCUGCUGGACCGCGAUCUGCCCCUGGCGGCCGCCUUCAGUCUGCUGCACUCCCCGACGUUCUGUCUGCAGGCGAUUUCCUAUCUGCGGCAGCUGGAAGACGAGGCGAUGGAAGCCGCGUCAAAUGUGGGCAGCGGGAGCGGUGACAGCGGCAGCAACAACCCGGCUCCCUUACAGCGCCGGCACGCGGGCCCUGUGACGCAGGCGGCGCUCCUGCGACUGGCAAACUCGGGCGGCCUUCGCAUCACCUGGCAGGCAUACCGAUCAGGCCUACUUGUUUAUCUCGAGAAGCAACAUCUCAACGGCGUUGCUUCGCUCAUGUACAACACGAUGAAGAAUCUGAUGAAUGCCCGCGCGAGCUCCGGUGGAUGA